AUGGGUUUCUUUGAUUUACACGAACCAGAAGAUGGACAAGAUCGCUUUUUUUUAUAUGCUAUGAUUAUCCUCCCAGUCUGUGCUGCAACAUCGUAUCUAUUCGAUGCCUGGUAUCAUUACACACAUUCAGAUGAAGAACGCAAUUAUCAAGGUCUUCUAUCUACAAUAGUACUCGUUUUCUCGUAUUUACAAUACUGCACACCGAUACGUUCACGUAAAGCUUUAACUAUUUAUUUUCUCUCCGUAUGUUUGAUCACGGAAACAGCAACAAUCGGUUAUCUAUUGUAUUAUAUCAAGAAAAAAGAUGUUACCAAUAUUAUCUUUCAUGUUAGUAGUGUACUAUUAGAAAUAUUAUUCACCAGCGCUUUGAUCUAUUGUCGUGUUGUUAGAGAAUACGAGUCGCAUAUUGUUGUGGAAAAUAAACAUUUAUUUCACUUCAUGUCACGUUUGGAAGUUAUAUUGACAAUCUUCAUUCCAGUUUAUGUCAAUGUAAAAUACACAUCAUUAACAAGAAAUAUGAUUGCAUAUUUUCUCUUGUUUGACUUUUUUUCUGAUUCGUAUUCGAGAUUUCAAGGUGUUUGGAUUAAAUCAGCAUUGUAUUUAUUCGCUACAACGACUACCGUAGCUGUAGCAACUGAAUGGUUCUAUUUUAAUCACCAUGAGCAUAUCUAUGAGCAAGUUUCCAUCAUAGCGGAACUUGUCUCCGAAGGUCUUUGUGACCUCAUCAUUAUUUUACAAUUUUUUCCAUUUCAUUUCAAAACACAGCAUGUAAAUAAUAUCGCACGACAAGCUUUGUUAAUUCAUCGAAAUUUGCAUGCAUCAAUUGAGAAUCCAGGUAUUCCGAAUGGUGAUGUGAACGAGACAAUUCAAAACGGUGAAAUAAAGGGCAUUGCGGAACUAGUCAACACAUCAAGCAGCAAUGAAACCGAGCUGAAUACUUCAAUGUAA